CUUUAAUUCCGCGCUCAUAUUUAGUUCUCCGCCUCCCACCUCAUCGUGCUGUUUCCACUCUUGUCAGCCUUCUUGCUUCGCUGUCUUGCUGCCUUUUCUCUACAUUUGAGGCUCGCACUUCGAAUAGAAGACUCAUCGCAGCUGAAUACCAAGAGUGGUUGCUGAAUGUGAUUGCUACUCAUUUUGACAUUACCUCUCCGUGGCUACUCCACUGGUUAUUGUCUGCUGCCCGCCUCUCCGUUCUAGCUAAUCUGUUCUCAAAAUGGCCGACCCUAUGCGGCAUGACAAUUCGUCUGGUGAGUAUGAAAAGAGCACCAAAAACCAGACGGAACACGCCGAUUAUGUCGACCGUCCAAAUUAUCCAGAGCAUCGUCCUUCCCAGGUGAACAUUUCCGAUUCCCGUCGAGCAUCCGUCACUGCUGCAGAACGUGCUCGUCGCAACUUGAAUGCCAAACUCGCCAAUCCCCUGGCAGGCUACAGCCAUGCUGAACUGGAGCAACUGGGCGAAGAAUACGCCCUUAAAAACCAAGUGGGCGAAAUGGAAGAUGUGCGAGCUUUUCGUCUCGGAGCUGUCUUGGCUCAGGAUCCUGCCCGUUUCGACACGGUUAAAGGCCUAGAAGAGGGCGAACUCGCAAUUCUGCGCAAGGAAUUUACGCACCGAUGGUCACAGCCAAGGCUGCUCUAUUUGGUCAUCAUUCUUUGCUCCACCUGUGCCGCUGUGCAGGGAAUGGAUGAAACCGUCGUCAACGGCGCCCAAAUCUUUUACACGAGACAGUUUGGCAUCAGUGGAAACAGUUCGCGAUCGUCAUGGCUCACGGGUCUUGUCAACUCGGCGCCGUAUCUCUGCUGCGCUUUUAUUGGUUGCUGGCUCACUGUACCGUACAAUCACUGGUUUGGCCGUCGCGGAACCAUCUUUAUUACUUGUACCUUCUCCGCCCUGGCCUGUUUCUGGCAAGGCUUUACCAACACCUGGUGGCACAUGUUCAUCGCUCGUUUCUCUCUCGGCUUAGGUAUCGGCCCCAAGUCCGCCACGGUGCCCAUCUAUGCUGCCGAGUGUACUCCGCCCGCUAUUCGUGGUGCCCUGGUCAUGCAAUGGCAAAUGUGGACCGCCUUUGGAAUCAUGUUUGGUUAUGUCGCGGAUCUUGUCUUUUUCCACGUGCCAGAUAAGCCCAAUAUCACUGGUCUGCGUUGGCGUUUAAUGAUGGCUUCAGCCAUGCUCCCGGCUGUGAUUGUGCUCUUGUUUGUGUUUUUGUGCCCGGAAUCUCCACGUUGGUACAUGAGCAGGGGUCGUCACGGAAAAGCGUAUUCGUCCAUGUGCCGGCUGCGGUAUAACAAGAUUCAGGCUGCCCGCGACGUGUUCUAUAUGCACACUUUGCUCGAAGCCGAAUCCGGUAUGAAAUUGGGCCAAAGCAAGAUUAUGGAAAUGAUUACUGUGCCGCGAAACCGCCGGGCCAUGGUGGGUUCUGAGAUUGUCAUGUUUAUGCAGCAGUUCUGUGGUGUCAAUGUCAUCGCGUACUAUUCUUCGCAGAUCUUCUUGGACUCUGGUCUAUCCGAGAUCUCUGCUUUAUCGGCGUCUCUUGGGUUUGGUAUUAUUAAUUGGCUCUUUGCGAUUCCCGCCGUUUAUACCAUUGACACCUUUGGCCGUCGCAAUCUGCUGCUCACGACCUUCCCGCUCAUGGGUCUGUUCUUGCUGUUCACCGGUUUCAGUUUCUGGAUUCCGCUGGCCACCAAACGAACCGCGCAUGUCGCCUGUAUCGCCUUGGGAAUCUACCUGUUUGGCAUCGUCUACUCGCCAGGUGAAGGUCCUGUCCCAUUUACCUACUCCGCCGAAGCAUAUCCACUAUACGUGCGUUCGUACGGAAUGAGUUUAGCAACCGCAACCACAUGGUUCUUCAAUUUCGUUCUUUCCAUCACGUGGCCCUCGCUUCUCCGAGCAUUCAAGCCCCAAGGUGCCUUUGGAUGGUACGCCGCAUGGAACGGCAUUGGAUUCUUCCUUGUCCUCCUCUUCUUGCCUGAGACAAAGAACAAGACGCUUGAAGAACUCGAUCAGGUCUUUUCAGUCCCCACCCACGUCCAUGCAGCCUAUGGUCUACGCCAAAUUCCGUACUUCUUCCGACGCUACAUUCUUCGCCAGCAUGUCGAGCCCGAAAUCCUGUACCAGCGCGAGGAAAUCGAUUACUCGGACCAAAGCUAUAGUCAGGAGACGGAACACGAGGCGGACAAGAGAGUAUGAGCCUCCAAAGUGGGUUGAACAUCUGUUGGACUUUCCUAUACAACGCCCACACUUCUUCAAAAUAGGUCACUUGUUCCCAGAAGAAGGGCGCCAGUGACAUUUUUAUAUUUCUCUUGUAAUAACAGGAGGGUGAUUCAUUUAUAUUGUUAAACUUGUCGGCUUGAAAAAACCGGGUUAGACAAGAAAGUACUCGACAGAGGACGUCUUUUAAAUACACGCGGUCAAUGUGCACGCUAAUUUUUUGGUUGUUUUGGUUUCGGUUUCGUUAUUACUUGGUCUGGUUGUUUCGGUUUCCUUACCGCGGUUAAUCUUGGUUAGGCCUU